GAAUAUAGACUAUCGCCAAAUUAAUUAAACAGAGAGAAAUAAUUCAUCUAUGUAAACUGAUAGUGUUAUGAAUUUUCUGAAUCAAUGACUUAGCACUAAUAUAUAUAAGUGUAAACAUUCAAACAUGGUGCAAACGAUCAAGAUGUGUAACUUUGUCAGGAUGGCGACACUACUUCUUGCCACAGCAACGGUGGUAAAUAUGGAAACUAUUGGGGACAAAGUAUUAAACCCGGAAUUAAAACGUUUGAGGGACAGGAUGACUCAUAAAAUGCUGAAUGAAGUAAACCCGAAGAUUAUCAGUCAAGAAGUUAGUGAAGAGGAGAAAACUAAACACCAGGACCUGGGAGCAAUGUGUCCGAAGAGAAUGAUGGCUAAUAAACAGAUGAAUACAGAAAAUUUGAGGCUUCAAAGUCAAAUAGUUAAUCAAGAGGACAAACAGAAACAGCAGAACCUGGGAUCGAUGUGUCCGAAGAAAAUGAUGGCCAAUAAACAGCUGAAUACAGAAAACCAGAUGUUUCAAAGUCAAAUAGUUAAUGAAAGGGGCCAAAAUAUACGGCAGGACCUGGGAUCUAUGUGUCCAAAGAAAAUGAUGGCCAAUAAACAGUUGAAUACAGAAACCCUGAGGCUUCAAAGUGAAGUAGUUAAUGAAGAGGACAAAAAGAAACAGCAGAUGCAGCAAGAUAUAAACCAUCACAUAUCAUCUGGUUUAAAACUGGUUCCUGCUAAACCAAAGAUUGAAACCAAUGUGUUUCGUCUAUUCCCUCCUGAAUGUAUCAACCGAUAUGACGAAAAGUUGUUGAAAACAUCAAAAACUUCUUGAAAUAACUUAUUAGCUUAUAACUGUAAUGUGCUUGUACUUACCAUGUUUAAUUAAUGAAAUAAAGUGAUUUGAAUUAGCAUUUAA